AUGUCUAAAAUUUUAAUCACCAUUGCAACUGCUCUGCUUGCAGUCAUUGGAUCAACAACCGCCUACAGUUAUCCACCAUAUUAUGGUCCACCAGCAGCUCACUAUCCUCCACCAACAACUCACUAUUCUCCACCAUAUUUUCGUCAAUCAACUUAUUAUUGCAAUGGCCAAGCCUACAACCUUUACGACAGCAUUUGCUGCGGUGCACAAGUAACACCUAUAACUGGUUUCAAAGAUCCUGCUUGUUGUGGAAAUGUAGCAUUUGACAGAAACGAAAAAUUAUGUUGCAGCGGUGCACUCGUUGCCAAAGGAGCCACAGCAACUGGUUGUUGCGGUGCGGCAGCUAUAGAUUUAUCCCUUCAAGAUUGUUGUGCCGGUACAGUUAUUGUUAGACUGAAUAAGAUAUGUUGUGGUGGAGUACAAGCUGACAGAAAAUCAAUAUAUGAAGUUUGUUGCGGGGCAGUUGGAAUGGAUAAGACCAAGGAACUUUGCUGUAAUGGUACUCCUAAAAAAAUUGAAGAUGCUUUUAAAACAGGAAAUAAUCUCGUAGCAAACACAUUUGCUUGUUGUGGAAAUUCAGUUUUCAAUCAACGUAGUAACUAUUGUUACAUGAAUCAAAUAUAUCCACGAAAGAAUUAUGUGCCAUUCUGGAGGUUGGAUCAUCAUCAUCAUGAUUAUCACCAUCAGGAUUUUCACCAUCAUCACUGA